CAGGCACGCUCCCUCUCAGAGUCCUCCUUUGGACUUAGCCCUCUAUUUUCCGUUCUCUGUCAGCUCCGGAAGUUUCUCGCCUUGAUACCUGCAGCUCUGACCAUCCGACCUCCCUGUACGUUCUUUCCCCAUAGCUGUGGCGUCUUCACUGUCAUUCAAUGAGGCUCUGUCUCAGUUUGCUGUUCUCCUCUGGGAAACUGGGAACAAGGAAUAUAGGAAGGCUGCCCCGAAUUUGAUGGCAGAUGUCUUUAGGAUGUAUGCAGGACUUCCAGGUCUGUGUCGACUGUAGCUAAAACGCCACUGGUGGGUAGGUUUCAGUGCGGUGACUGCUGUUCCUCCUGGACACAGUGACAUCUUUGGACACGGGGACAUCUGCCUUCCAUGGCCAUCCCUGAGCUCAAGAGGAUUAGAAAUGAGGUACCUACCAUAUCUGAAUGGGGCCAAAGAGCCAUUGCAAAGAUCGGUUUAUCUCAGAUUUAGCCCAGGGUCAAUUGGAGGAAGGAAGGAGAACCAUGGAAUCUUCCUCAAAGGGCUAAUGUAGAAGGCAGGAGAACAGCCCAAGACUAAAAGGAAAUAACCACAGUGGUCACCUAAAAACAGCUGUCAGGCCUGAGUAUAAGGCCCGGUGGCCUCUGGGAGUCACAAACAGCCUGAAGGAGCAAAAGGCUGCCAUAGAAGACGGUGGAAUAAAUAGCAUGACCGAGAUUCAUAGGGAACCGGGUCCGCCAGAAACUCAAAGGGAGAGCAAAGAAAUAAAAUCUGCAUGGGAGGCAGUAAAACCCCAAGAGUGACAGAGAGACAAAUUGACAGGGUGGUGUGGCGCAAAUACUUCACACACCAUUCAAUACAUGCAGAAGGACCUGAGAUGAAACAGUUCAGGGGAGAAGCAGGAGACGGGGAGAAGAGGCAGGGGCAGUCAUUCCCAGGCACAGAUGACCUCUGGGGCUUGCACCAAGACCCUCACAAGAAUGAGGUACAAGCGCUACCCCUGAUUACUCCUGAAGAAGCAUGGAAAGCUUAGGUAAGGAGGCUGAAGAAGUUCAAGCUACCUCUACCAAGCCAGUGGCCACAGAGUCCCCUCCUCAGCAUUGGCUUCAAAGACCAGAGAGGUUAGGGAGAAAUGUUGGCUGGUUUAUUUGUUUUCAGUGUGUCUGCUCCUGUCCGUCCCUAAGCUACCAGGACACUGGCUUAUGAGGACAGCUAGGAUAGGAUUGGACUUGAAGACACCUUCUUCAGCUGGCCCUCACCUGGCUCUACCCCUCCCAUCUGCCUGCCCUUCAGGACUUCUACAGUGGGGUGACCCUCUUCCCACAGUCACAGUGACCAGUGACAGGUGAGUCCUGCUGACCCAUUCUGAAAGCUUGUCUUUAUUCUUUUCUACAAAACCACAGCCUCUACAAACAGUCCGAGGUCCUAAAAAAAAAAAAAAAAAAAAAGCAAAAAGCUCAAUGUGAUGCAGACGGAAUAACUGUGCUGUUUUAAAAAGCACCUCUCCAAGUCACCGUUCUCCUUCACCACGUGGUGACAGAAGCGUUUCGUUGAAGGGGUCUCUGUGCACUAACCUAGGAUUUGGGGAUGCGGUGUCUGCUUGGUCUGCUUGGGGGAACAGGAAGUGGAGAAGGACUAGCUUGGCACACUGAAUCUGAACAGUGAUUAGGGCCCAUGUGUCUGUGUUCUGCAACAUGGAUGUCCAUUAUUCCCAGCGUCACAAAAGAAAUGCUCCCCACCUCCCCCCCCCUUUUCUUUCAAGAAAGAAGACUCUGGAGGUGAGGUCAGGAUCCAGGAUGUCUCUACUCUUGGGGGCUUUGUUGUCUGAGAAGGGGUGAGAUGAGGGGAAAUGCCCCUCUGGGAAUUGCCGUGGGCAUACAUUUAUGGUUCCCGGGCCUUUUCUUUUGUUUGCUCUUCGUGGGAAGGUUGCCAGUGCAGAGGCCCAGGCAUGACGCUUCUCUGCCUAUCCUGGGAAGGUUGAGGCUUCCCAAGGACUGGCAGAGAGAGAAGCAGAAGAGCCCAGGGUAGUUCUAAGCCACGCCUCUCCCAAGGAAGCGCAGGUUAUUAACUAGGAAUUCUUUAUAGCUGACCUGGAGGAAGUUUUUGGCUGUAAACUGUCAUGCGCUGCAGCCUUCCUUGAAAAGUCUGUGGACGAGGUUCUGGGGACAAAGAUCAGAAAUCAACCACAGAAGAGGGUAGGGGCAAAAUAGCUAAGCAUUGAAAGAGUUGCUUCUAGCCCAGAGUGUAGAUUUCACUGCUCACGGUAGAAAAAGUAACAUUUAUUUGCCUCCUCCCACUUGGAGAAUGGAUCCAGAGCGAUCUUCCACGAGCUUCACCCGUGAGCAACCGCACUCCCAGGGCCGGUUUCGCCUUCACGCCCGAGGUUAGAGAUCUUCGGUCACUUUCGGACCCACCCUCCCUCUGUCUUCAAGUCCCCUCCACCCAGACCCUUUAUUCCGAGUACCCGGACUCCUGCAAACCCAUAACACAAGCUGGCUGGUGGGCGUUACGGGAGGGUCGGGGUUGAGUGCAAAUGAGGGCCUUUUGGCGUCUCCGCAGAAGGAACGUCUCCCUCGGGUCAGCCCGAAAUUAAUUUCUUUACAUCCUAGACUACAAAAGAGCAAAUAAGCGGGAUAGCUUCUCGCAGCUCCCGUAGUCAGUUAGAAAAGGGCCGAGGAAAGUAGCCCAGGACGUAUUCCCAUCACACUCCCGGAGCAUCUUCCUCGGCGGCUGGCUCCCGGAAAACCCUCUCCCCAGAAGUAGGAGGCAAGUAGAACCCGGAGCCGGGGUCUGGCUUACUCCGCAACCCCGACCCCCAAGACUUCCCAAGGACACUCAAGAGAGGCACAGAACUUUCAGAAGUGGGUGCCCCACCUGAUGCAGGGGCCUCUUCCAAGGAGCUUCCGGGUGGGGUGCGCGUGUGGAAGACGGGGAAUCGGAGGCUAGGACCCAGGCCCUCGUUAAAGAGCUGGGAGCGAUCUCUGGCUUCCUUCCCGCUUCCUGGGCUCCCGUUUUAGAGGAAUGUUAUUGUUUAAAGAGACCCCAUUGAACUAUUUCCUGCUCUUUGUCACCUUCCCCUCACUCUCCGGCAGAGGUUCUCACCGAGAGGUAAUAAACCAACUGCUGUCCACACCGCUUGGCGCGGAGGCGGGUAGGGAAACGCGCCCAGCGUGCGUUCCAACAAUCCCCGGGGCAAAGAGACUAGGGAAUCCCGGGGCCACACUCGGUGCAGGAGCAGCCACCGUCACCAAAGUCCAGCUUUUAUGUGGGACGCGAGGAUAUCUCCUACUAGGGUCGCUAUCUGGACAGAUCCGCACUGGGCUUCCCUCUCCACGCAGGUGAAGAAGGUCUUGGGGAACCCGGACGCUGAGGUGGGAGUUAGUGGCAGUCCAUGGGGCGAGGGGACAUGUCCCGAAGCUGCUGCACCUCUGGGAGCUGAGGCUUCGGAGAGGUCAGGGAGACCCGAGAGACGCAGAUCCGCCGUAGUCCCGCGCAGCUUGGACACUCCGUGGGGCACAGCCGCAGGCGCUGGAGCGCGCUUGGAGAGCGCGGUGUGAGCGUGGGAGUGGAGAGCUUAGCAGUUGCUCUGGGAGCGGCGGGCUUGGGUGGCUUCGGCCCUGCUCCUUACCCUCCCCCCCAGGGUCCGCCCCGCCGCUUUGAUGGAGGUGCAAACAUUUGGGGAGGGCGGGGGUGUCGGGACUGCGCCCGACGCUUUCCUUACAGGAAGCGCGCGCGGGAGCCCAUUGUUGGCCCCCGGCCUCCAGGCCCGCCCGGCGGGUCUGAUAUGGCCGCGCACCGCCAAUGGGCAGCGGCUAGGUACUUCAAAGGGUGUCCCGCCCAAUCCGCCGCGCCCCCUGCGAGGCCACUUCGGCUGUAUUUAUGGGGAGGGGACCCAUUUUCUCUCCCCCAGAGACUUACUCUUGUCGCGACUUGCGGGAGUUCAAGUGGAACCACGGCUCCCCAGGCCCUCUUCCCUCUCCCCGCCCCUUUCCCCCCACAUCCCAGUCCUGGCCCUCCUUUGGCGAACGUGCUGGGACCCAGGUGUGGUCUCUGGGCUCCGCGAGCGACCCUCUUUCUUGGAAAAGCGGUGGCGGGAGACGUGAAGGUGGCUCUUGGGUAGGGCAGUCAAGACUCUGGGGGCGGUGGAGAGGGCGGCCGGAGGAUGAGCUCCCCGGGCACAGAGAGCGCAGGGAAGAGCCUGCAGUACCGAGUGGACCACCUGCUCAGCGCCGUGGAGAGCGAGCUGCAGGCGGGCAGCGAGAAGGGCGACCCCACGGAGCGCGAGCUGCGAGUGGGCUUGGAGGAGAGCGAGCUGUGGCUGCGCUUCAAGGAGCUAACGAACGAGAUGAUUGUGACCAAGAACGGCAGGAGGAUGUUCCCGGUGCUGAAGGUGAACGUGUCGGGUCUGGACCCCAAUGCCAUGUACUCCUUCUUGCUGGACUUCGUGGCAGCUGACAAUCACCGCUGGAAGUAUGUGAAUGGGGAGUGGGUACCUGGGGGCAAGCCAGAGCCUCAGGCGCCCAGCUGCGUCUACAUCCACCCAGACUCGCCCAACUUCGGGGCCCACUGGAUGAAGGCGCCGGUGUCUUUCAGCAAAGUCAAACUCACCAACAAGCUCAAUGGAGGAGGGCAGAUCAUGUUGAACUCCUUGCAUAAGUAUGAGCCUCGGAUUCACAUUGUGAGGGUUGGGGGCCCACAGCGCAUGAUCACCAGCCACUGCUUUCCAGAGACCCAGUUCAUAGCUGUGACUGCCUACCAGAACGAGGAGAUCACGGCCCUUAAAAUUAAAUACAAUCCAUUUGCAAAAGCCUUCCUUGAUGCAAAAGAAAGAAACGACCACAAAGAUGUGACGGAGGAACCCGGGGACUGCCAGCAGCCGGGGUUUUCCCAAUGGGGGUGGCUUGUUCCUGGCACCAGCACCCUCUGUCCACCUGCCAGCUCCCACCCUCAGUUUGGAGGCUCGCUCCCUCUCCCCUCCACACAUGGCUGUGAGAGGUACCCGGCUCUGAGGAACCACCGCUCAUCACCUUACCCCAGUCCAUAUGCUCAUCGGAACAACUCUCCAACCUACGCCGACAACUCAUCUGCGUGCUUAUCCAUGCUGCAAUCCCACGACAACUGGUCUAGCCUGGGAGUGCCUGGCCACACCAGCAUGCUGCCCAUGAGUCAUAGCACCAGCCCACCUGCUGGCUCUAGCCAGUACCCCAGCCUGUGGUCUGUGAGCAACGGCACCAUCACCCCAGGCUCCCAGACAGCUGGGGUGUCCAACGGGCUGGGAGCCCAGCUCUUUCGAGGCUCCCCUGCACAUUACGCACCCCUGACGCACACAGUCUCAGCCGCCACGUCGUCUGGCUCCCCGAUGUAUGAAGGGGCUGCUGCGGUCACAGACAUUUCUGACAGCCAGUACGACACGGCCCAAAGCCUCCUCAUAGCCUCGUGGACACCUGUGUCGCCUCCGUCCAUGUGAACUGAACUUUUCUCCUCCAUGUGCGAAGACUUGUAACGACCAGUGGCGAUUUGUUCUUCCUCUAGGCACAGCAUGGCAGGCUCUUGGGACAAGGGAAAGAAAUAAAAGCUUGCUACUAACUCCAUUUUCAAGUAAGAGGAACAGUCCAUGUCCUGUUGAUCAUGUUCCACAGCCUCUUGCUUGACACCUGCGGUAGUGAUGUGUCCUACACAUGAAGCCAGGUACAGAGAUGAGGCUGUGGUCCAGUUUCCUGUGACUGGCAGUCAGAAUCCUUUGCCAGCAUCCUAUAGCUCGUGUUUGUCUCUUCUGCAACACGUAGGUGACUCUGAUAUACCGGAAUUUGCCCACCCCCUGUCCUACUUUAGUGAGACACAAGGCACACUUCUAAUGCCCUUCCUUGUUGCUUUAGAGUAGUUAACUUUGAGGACAGAGACAGAUCAUAGCCAGCGGAUUGUAACUGAACUGGAAACUACUCCGUCCUCUGGAAGAUGUCUACUUUAAGCACAUGUAGCUUUUUGUGUUGUGAAGGCAACUGUGUGAUACUUUUCUGUUGACAAAGUAGCUAAAGACAAUCCCAGAAAGUUUUUUUUUUUUUUUCUGCACAAUAAAGGUAAUAUGCAGCAC